ACCAGCUUGAUCGCAUCGAGCCAUGGCCCAAGCAGGAUCUCUAUCGGCCGAGACCGAGAGUCUCAGCCACAUGUUUAGCCUAAUAGAAGCAUUCCGAGCAUUCGACGCAGACAAUGAUGGGCUGAUCACGGCACCGGAGGUCGGGGGGAUCAUGGGUUCGCUCGGGUACAACCUGAGCGAGGAAGACGUGAAUUUGAUGAUGGAGGAAGGAGACGUGGACAAAGACGGGCUGCUGAGCAUGGGGGAGUUUCUGGAGAUGAAUGCAAGGAGUGUGGAGGUGGGGGAGGUGAUGGGGAGCUAUCUGAAGAUUGCUUAUGAGGCUCUGAAGGCAGAUGGGGAUGAUCUGGUGAGCGGGGAAGAGCUUUAUGAUGUGUUUUUGAAUGUGGGAUUGGAGGUUUCUGUUGAGGAUUGUAAUGCUAUAGUGGCUUCCAUGGAUGGGGAUGAAGAUGGAGCUGUGUUUCUUGAGGAUUUGAAACUUAUUGUUGAUUCUCUUCACCCCAACUCCAACCCCCAACUCUAGCCCCUUAAUUAAUUAGUUCUUCUCUCUGUUUCUAUCUACUUUUCUAAUUACGUUUUUACAUAUGUAUUUUCACUUCAAUAGUUUCUGCUUUAUCAAUAAGUUUCUGCUUCUUCUUCCACUUUACAAUUUCAUCCCAUGUAUUUUCUUGUGUUAUUUGAAGAGACUGCACUGCUCUGCUGUGUUCAGUCCUAAUCCUGCCGUUUCAUA